AUGGGACUUACAUCCUUCAUUAAUAAUGCUAAGCUUUCGCCAGCGACGAUUGCUCUAAUUGCUGGUGCUGCUGCAUCGACACUGUCAGUUUUGCUGACACUUGCCAUCCAAGCACAGGCACAACAAAUCAAGCGUGAAGAGCUUGAGCAUGAACUCAAGUCGCUCGAGCGUCACCAUCAAAUUGUGCCUGUCCAGCUGGACGAAUACGGCGUGCCAGUCUCUUUGACCGCUGAAAAAAGCCAGCUUGAAAACGGCUCCAGUAGCACAUCGUCGGAUGCGCCGUCUCGCAUUCCACUCUUUGGUGAACACACGGCAUCACCAGCAAGCACACCGUCACCAGCACCAGCACCAGCGCCAGUAGCUUCGCUGAGUGCGGAAAAGUUUGACACGACAUUGAUUGACGAACAGCUUGCGCGAAACCGAGUGUUCCUUGGAGAGGAAGGUUAUGAAAAAGUGCGCGGAACUUUUGUUGUUAUUAUUGGAGCUGGAGGUGUUGGAUCAUGGGCGGCAACGAUGCUUGUUCGUUCAGGUAUUCGUAAGCUGCGCAUCAUUGAUUUUGACCAGGUGACACUGUCUUCACUGAAUAGACACGCGACAGCAACAUUGGCAGAUGUGGGGCGACCUAAGGUGCACUGCAUUGCUGAGUAUUUGCGGAAGGUUGCACCUUGGUGUGAGAUAGAGCCUGUGGUUGCUCUAUGGGACAAGAAGAACACCAACCACGAAAGUUUGCUUUCUGAUGGGAAUCCUGAUUGGAUUGUGGAUGCGAUUGACAACAUUGAUACCAAGGUGGACUUGCUAGAGUACUGCUAUAAGAAUUUGAUGGAUUUAGAUGAAAUUGAGCGCGAGCAGAAUGGUACAGUGAAACAGAAACUUGUAAAGAAGCAAGAAAUGCGGGAGCGCAAGCGUGGGAUUUACAAAGAAAAAGAGCCAAAAGAUCAACAGCAACAAGAUGAAAACCCAGUCAAGAAACCCGUACGUGUAAUUUCAGCCAUGGGUGCAGGUGCCAAAUCGGACCCCACACGGGUAUCGAUUGGAGACAUUUCAGUGUCACUUGAAGAUCCCUUAGCACGUUCGACUCGUCGUCGUCUUAAGCAGCGCAAGGUGAACUAUGGCAUUCCAGUUGUUUUUUCGACGGAAAAGCCGUCACCAGAGAAGGCUGCUUUGCUGCCGUUGUCUGAGGAAGCGCAAGAUCAGGGCAACACAGAAGAGCUUGCAGUGCUUGCGGACUUUCGGGUACGGAUUCUGCCGGUGUUGGGCCCGCUGCCUGCAAUUUUCGGACUGACAAUAGCGACACAUGUGCUGACACUGACGGGUGGAUACCCUGGAGUGACGGAUCCUUUGCAAGGCGGAUACUCGCUGGCUGGGAAGCGACGAACAAAGCUGUACGACUCGGUGCUGCAAUCGUUGGCCGGGCAAAUGGCGCGGCUUAAGUGGGACGCGGUGCCAGUUCCAGUGGACAUGAGCGAUGUGGAAUACCUUGUAGAGGAGGUGUUCCGGGGCAAGUCAGUAUUGAGUGGGCAGAGUACACGAUUGGCGUUGACCAUGUGGGAGCCACCGAAACAAAAGGGUGUUGCGGAGUUUAGUAACUUGGUGAUUAUGACCAAGGACGAACAGAAGAAGCAUGAGAGCGAGGUUUUGUUUAAGGGUUUGUCACCCAAGGACGUGUAUUCAGCAGAGGUUUUAGAGUUGGUUGAGAAGCGAUUUUCUGAAGAACGGUAUUACUCACAAUUUAGAUGA